AUGGAGAAGUUAAAGAGGACAAGGAUGACAUGUCGAGGGUGGGUGACAAGAGCUUCCAAGGUUCUGAGUGACCUUCUGGAGUCCUCCACCACAACCAUUAGUCAAUUUGAGUACGCCAUCAAGGAAUACGACCAAAGACUAGCUAAGUUGGAUGAAGUCCAAGAAGCAAUAGAAAUUGAUGUAGCUGAAGAAGAACUAGAACAACUUUUGGAUGAAGCCCAUGAGUUUAGAACAAAAAGUGUGCAGCCUAGGAUACAAGCUGAAGACCAGAUAAGGAAGUUAGCAGCAGCAGCAGCAGCAGCGGGUCCUGGUUCUGUAAGUGGUCAGUCUUCAUCUCAAGAAUCAGAUGUCACCAACGUCAAGUUACCCAAGCUGGAACUGCCAAAGUUUAGUGGUGAAGUGACCCAGUGGCAGUCCUUCUGGGAUCAAUAUACUUCCCACAUCGAUGCACAGACCUUCCAGAACGCUACUACAAGCCAGAAGGAUUAUUUUUGCUCAUGUCAGGCAUUGUUAACUGGUCAGGUCAACAUUAAUGUCAGCGGACCAAAGGGUGUAGCACAGCUGUGGAAAUUACGAGAUGACAUUCUAAUACAUAUCCGCAGUUUGGAGGCGCUAGGCGUCACUGGUAAACAGUGUGAAGUGUUUCUUACACCUAUCAUCCUCUCUCGUUUGCCCAGUGAACUGCGGCUAGAGUGGGCCAGGGAUGGUGAUGGACAUGAAAGUGAUUUAGAUUGGUUAUUGACAUUCUUAGACAAGGAAAUUUCAAGAUUAGAAAGGUCUGAAGCCUUUAAGGGAAAGAGUAGUAGUGAGGAAAAGAAAAUUGAAAGUAAGAGUUCUAAAGACAAGGUGUACUCAGCCGCAGCCCUUCUCAUGCUUCGUCCAAGCAAGAAAACACUAUGUGCAGUUUCUGUGGCAAGAAACACAAAAUCAGAAAACUGUUUUGGUGUUCUAGAAUUGAGUGGAAAAGAGCGAGGUGAAAAAAUUAGAAGUUUAGGCCUAUGUUUCAAGCUGGAAAUUAACCUAAAGAAGGAAGAAAGUGAAGCAAAGGUAGGUGCUGUUGGCAGUGACAAGCCUGGUGAUGUGGCACUUCUGACAGGGCAAGGUGGUAACUGUACCAUUUUACAGACAGCCAAAGUUCAAGUGAGUGGUAGUGAUGGUACUGUUGUCACUGCUCAGGUAAUGUUUGAUAAUGGUGCAGACAGAUCAUAUGUUAGUAGCAAAUUUGUAAAGAAGUGUAAACCACAGUGGAUCACUAGUGCACCUAUGCCAUACUCUAGUUUUGGGGGUCAUAGUAGUGGAAAAAAUGAACACAGAAAUGUUUAUGAGUUAAAGUUGUGGGACUCCGACAAGAAAUUGAUUCAGAUUUGUGUAAGUUUUGGGAUCUGGAAAACUGUAGGGGUUAAGCCUAGGGAACUUGUUGAAAGUUAUAGUGAGACUAAAGUUUUCAAAGAAUUUGAGAGUACCGUGAAGUUUGUGAAUGGUCGCUAUGAGGUUGCACUGCCAUGGAAGGAUGAUUCUGCUAAAGAAAAACUUUUGAAUAAUGAAGUCAUAGCCAUAAAAGGUUAA